CUUUAAGAGGUUAGAGUUCAUCGGAAUGAUGCUAUUGCUGAAACCCCGAGGUGUGUGGUGAUGAUUUCUCGGUGUGUGUGUGAUUAUUAUAAUGGGUGUGUGUCGGUAGGAGGUGGAUCAGGUGCACCGGAAGGCCGUUCCCGAUAGCGCUCGAGCAAUUGGCUACUCGUGAACUUUGCAGCGCGUGUCUGUCCUUGGCUUGCACUCACGCGCGCCACGCACUCGGAAUGUCUCGUGCACAUCGGAAUUACCGCCGGCACGCCGAAGAUUAAACUCGGUUCUCUUCGUACUCGCUGCCAGACGGUUUGGUCGGAACGCCGGGACGCGUCGCGUGCUUCCAGACGGACAGACGUUCAACCCAACCGGAGAGAUGACGGAGAAACGGAUGUCGCGCUGGUAUUUCGGCGGACUCGCGUCGUGCGGAGCCGCGUGUUGCACGCACCCGCUGGACCUGGUCAAGGUGCACCUGCAGACGCAGCAGGAGGUGAAGAUGAGGAUGGUCGGCAUGGCGAUGCACGUGGUGAAGAACGACGGCGUGCUGGCGCUCUACAACGGCCUCAGUGCUUCCCUCUGCAGACAGAUGUCGUAUUCUCUGACCAGGUUUGCCAUCUACGAGACAGUCAGAGACAUGAUGGGCAGCGGCGGUCAGGGUCCGAUGCCUUUCUAUCAGAAGGUUUUGCUGGGGGCGUUUGGAGGAUUCACGGGGGGUUUCAUCGGGACCCCAGCUGACAUGGUAAACGUCCGGAUGCAGAAUGAUGUGAAACUCCCUUCCGAGCUGAGGAGAAACUAUAAACACGCACUGGACGGACUCUUCAGGGUCUGGCGCGAGGAGGGCACCAGGAGGUUGUUCUCAGGAGCCACGAUGGCCUCCAGCAGAGGAGCUCUGGUCACGGUUGGACAGCUGGCGUGUUAUGACCAGGCGAAGCAGCUGGUGUUGGGCACGGGACUCAUGGGAGAUAAUAUAUUGACUCACUUCCUCUCAAGCUUCAUCGCUGGAGGUUGUGCGACGUUUCUCUGCCAGCCGCUGGAUGUGAUAAAGACCAGAUUAAUGAACUCUAAAGGAGAAUAUAGAGGUGUGGCGCACUGCCUGACCGAAACUGCCAGACUCGGACCACUGGCCUUUUACAAGGGUUUAGUCCCGGCCGGAAUCCGCUUGAUUCCUCACACAAUCCUGACGUUUGUGUUCCUGGAGCAGCUGAAGAAAUACUUCGGGAUCAUAGUGAUCAGCUAGACGCGUCUGCUGAACUUUGACCUCUUGACCUUUUCCUGUUGACCUCUUAAAGCAGCUGCUCCUGGGCUUUUCUCUCUCACGUUACACAUUAUGACGUCAUUGGUGUGAUGACAUCACUUCUGCUCGCGGAUGACACACAUUUUGGGAUGGAGAUGAGCUGGUGUGUCGGUUAGCACAGCGGCUCUCCAUCCUCCAGCUGUGAUUGAGGAGGAACGCAGGAGAUGAGAGGCGGUGAUGCUGGGACCGGACACAUUCAACUGGAUCUUCUGGCAAUAGUUUGCCUUAAACUCAUCUGUUCAGAAUGAGAUUUAGAUUGUAGAUGUUAUCUAUCAGUAUAGAUUUUUUAAAGAUUAUGUAGGAAUAAUUACACAUUAAGAUUGAUUAUUUUUAAUGCUGUACCUUAAAUCCUUCUGUUAUAAUGCGAUGUUUAAAGUGUUGAGGGGACAUUCUGGGUUUAUUUCAUCGCCGUCGUGUUAUUUCAAACUCGUAUGACUUGCUGUGGAACACAAAAGAAUGUGUAGGGAACAGGGAGGGAAUUGAAUUCCUUGAAAUAGUUUUACAUUCCCUCGCAAUAAACAUUAGUAAACUGGUUUGACCGUGAGAAAAUAAUAAACUGUUCAUUUUUUGUUAUC